AGCAGACACAGACAAGCAACUGUUGCUUCUUUGGCUUCUACAGUAGAUUGGCUGACAACUGCAAUACUCCUGCCAUAUGGCACUUGUGUGUAAUUCUCUUCAUAUGUCUACAUAAGGAAAUCUGCUGUAAGAAGUGAUCAACAUGUCCACUGAAGAGGAGACUUCUCAGAUUUCCCCCUCCUCCUCCUGUUCCUCACUUCCCCCUGCCUUCCAUUUCAUUGGGAGGAAGGAGGACAUUGUCAGGGCUGGGCGUUUGACCAAGCUGGUGAAUGGAUGCAGAGAUGUACUGGUCCUGUACCACCAGGGACAGCUUCAUGCAAUGGACAUGCGGUGCUACCAUUCCAGUGGUGCAUUACAGUAUGGAGACAUUGAGGAGUUUAAUGGGCAACUGUGCAUCGUGUGUCCCUGGCACAAGUACAAGAUCACACUAGCAGAAGGGGAAGGGCUUUACCAAGCUGUGGACAAUCCUACAGCCAAACCUAUGAGAACUCACUGGUGCUCCAAGGGUGUCAAACAGAGAAUUCACAAGGUCACAGAGGUCAAUGGUGAUGUAUAUGUAACACUGAAUGACUCCACGGAGACCAUCGAGUCAGACGUCUAUCAGACUGAGAGAUACAGGGCCGUCAUACUCAAGGCCAAGACAAAACCCAAGCCCAAGAACUAGUUUGAUUCUGAAGGAUUCUUUGAUUAUACAAUGAGAAAUGUUUCUAGGACAAUUUGGGAAAUUUCAUUUGCAAGUGGAUGAAAUAUCUGACAAAAAGAUCCAGAACUUGUAUUGGUGAUAAUACAGUUACAGACUCACUGAAAUUGUUAAUAGACUUCUUUUGUUAGACAAUCUUUGUAGAACAGUGUCAAUGGUUGGACAGUUGAGCGGACCUGGAUCUCAGAGGUGACUGCCAGUACAAGCCAGGUGGGCCAGCCACUGCUUAACCUGAGCAAAUACAAUGCAGAUGCUGUAUGUCCAGCCAGAUAUUUGAUCUUUGCUUGGAUAAGGAUAGGGCAUCAAGGAUGCUUUCUGUUAAGGGAGGGCUAGGUCUGGGUAAUGGUGUUGCUCUUUGUAGGCUCUGAACAUGUGUGACGGGAUGGCCUGACACCCCCCUCUUUGGGGCCAAAUAAUGGGUAAACAUCAUUUAACUCAUAUACUGAGCUUCCAUAUGAAUUCUCUCCCAUUCUUUGGCACAUUUAAUUGUCUAUUAUUGACUGCUACCUUUGAUUCUUAAAAGU